UUAGGUCUUCAGGCCAGCGAAACUUGGCCGACGACAUGGCAACCCUGGCAAUCUCUUCUUCUUUUUUCCGUCGGCGUCGCUGCUGUGCUUGUCGGGUCGUUUUGUCGUUCGCUUUCUGAAUUUAAAGUAACUUAAAAUGGACGCUCCACCAGAGGGAACUGUUGAAUCCGAGUCCUGCAACGAAGUUGAGGACGAGAAGUCUGGCUCCGACUGCCAGUCGAUGCCCGCUUACAUGAACUCAGUGCUGCGGCGCCAGUACUUGCAGCAAAUGGUUAAGGUUCUGCCGCCCGUAGUCCAAAACAGAAUCACGGCUCUGAAAAACCUGCAAUUGGAGCACCUGAAAAUCGAAGCCGAUUUCUUCGAAGAGGUCUACAAGCUAGAGCGAAGCUAUCAGCUCAAGUACCAGCCGUUGUUCGACAAGCGCAAGGAAAUUAUCGAGGGUACAGUAGAUCCCGAUGUAGAGAAACCCAACUGGAAGGAGCCAGAGCAGAAUCCAGAGAUCGAUGGCGAAAUUGAAGUCUUCGAAGAAGCCUUGAAGACCUAUAAAAAUAUUCCCCAAAACGCCAAGGGUAUACCCGGUUUCUGGCUGACGGUUUUCCGCAACACUGCUAUUCUCUCCGAAAUGGUGCAACCCCACGACGAACCAGCUAUGCGAAAGCUGACUGAUAUUUCCAUCAAAUACGAUAGCGGGCAUUCGUAUACCCUGGAAUUCCAUUUCGAUAAGAACGAAUACUUCACAAACACGGUUCUAACAAAGCAAUACGUUUUGAAGUCCACGGUCGAUCCAGAAGAUCCAUUUGCCUUUGAGGGACCAGAGAUCUACAAGUGCUCGGGAUGCACCAUCAACUGGGAGAAGAAAAUGAAUUUGACGGUGAAGACCAUCAGGAAGAAGCAGAAGCAUAAGGAGCGUGGCGCAGUGCGCACCAUUGUCAAGCAGGUCCCAACUGAUUCCUUCUUCAACUUCUUCAACCCACCCGAGGUUCCAGCCGACGAGGAGAUCGAUGAUGAUUCCCAGCAGAUUCUUGCAACCGAUUUCGAAAUCGGACACUUUUUGCGCGCCAGAAUUAUUCCAAAAGCUGUGCUCUACUUCACCGGUGACAUUGUCGAUGAUGAGGACGAUGAGGAUGAGGAGGAGUUUGAAGGCGAGGACGAUGACUACGAUGAUGAUGAGGAACCACCAGCAAAGGGCCAGAAGGCGGCUGGCAACAAGAAACAGUCCCCCAAUGACUGCCCUAAUCAAUAGAUAUGGCUACUAUACCGAUUUAAUGUAGUGUAUAUAUGCAUAAUUCAAAUUUGAUUUGAAAUAUAUUUUUGGUGAAUUAAAAAUAAACUACAAACAAGUAUGAGCUGAAAUCGAAUAAACUGCACAAGAAUUGAUAUCAGAUACUA